AUUCUCAAAUUCGUCGUAGUCGGAGUAUGCCUGUCUGACUGCCUGUCUUAUAAGAUGCGCAACGGAUGCAGGACCGUACCAAUCACCGGCACGUUUACCGGAGGCCGCUCCGAGGGAGACCAAGUCUGUGAACAGAUGAAAAGAAGGAACAAAUCGUCGUCUUGGGACACCUUGGUGGGACACGUGCAAAAAAUUCAUCUGGUAUCAUCCAAAGGAUAAGCCGUUACACAAAACCUAAUUGAACCCCGUCAACAGAAGGAUGAGGUACAAAGAAAUCUUUCCCAAGAAUUCCGUUAUCGGGUAUACUCAUGGGAAAUAAAGUCUGUCCUAUAAUAAAAUCAGGUACCGAAGAAGGAAGAUAAGAUAAGAGGAAAGCACCAGGGUCACUACAAGCUACAAUGAGGAUCUGUAGGCCCACGACUCCUGGAAAUAAGGAGUCAGUGAUGCCAGUAGAUGGUCUAGGUUACUAUAGUACUACUUGUCUUGGCAACUGCCGGCGAUGGCAGGGAAGGCAAUGAAGGGUGAAGCGGAAGUGAAGCUUCCCUUCGCGCACGGCAUUUAACCCAUUGCUCGGCUGGAACGAUGCGGUGGGUGAGGGUGGUGGCCCCCUCCCUCGCGAGUUAAGGGGAGCUUGCGAAACGAGAAUGAGCGAGAGGAUCAAGUAGAAGGGAGGGUGGUUGGUUCUCCGUGAUCGUCGUCGUCGUCGUCGUCGCCGACCGGCCGGCCGGCCAGUUGCGCUGUGGCGGCAACGACAUCGGCACGUUCUCCUCAACGUGUUGCCAAAACAUACUUAAGGCCUUGGAAAGGAGCUAUCGCACAAUCGGAGACUGAGAAUGAGCGGGAAAAAGGAAUUAUGUAUACUUGAUCGUGAAGUUUUGAAGGACUGAGGUCGUGCGACAACUUUUGUUCUUUUCCUUUUUUUUUACAUUGAUGACUGAAAUAAAUUUGUCUAAACUAUGCUCCGUCGCGAUGAUAACAAUGAAAAAUCCUUGAGGGUGAUUUUAAAUUACGUGAAAUUGAUUACUGUUAAGUAAACAAGGUGGGACAGAGAUGACCGAUGGACAAUUUAAAUGAUACAAAAGUCAUUCAACGAAUCAAAAGCUGCUGUGACUUUAUGAGAGACUAAAGUGGAAAGAGGAUUGAAGAGUACUCUUGAUCAUUGAGAAUGACGUGAGUGAAGAGUCUGAAUAGAGGAUUAAGUGUGCGAAGACGUAGCACUAGUUAGAUCCCUGAUUGACAAUUAUGUUAAUCGAACAAGUGUGCGAUCGAGCUUUAAAAGUGGGUGCGAUGACAGUAUUCCCAGCAAGUGAAAAUUUAACAUUGACUUCUUACUAUUGACUUGAUUUGACUGACAGGAAGUCACCACUGAAGAAUGAGGCUGGAUGUCAGCGUUAACGACGCCAGUGAAAAAUAGUCUUGGGUUUUCUGAUAAAAGAAAGGAAGUCAAAAGCGCCAAGAGGAUUGGAUUGGGUGGGUGGGUGGUAAAUUUCGAGCACGAGGGUGCCGCUCGACGUGCAGAGCUGGUCUAUUGAUUUGUUUUUGUUAUACGUAGUCCCCGCCGUCGGAUGUAUAGAAAUGUGUCAGAAUUUUUUCGGAUACUGAAACCGAGUGGUCGUAAAAGGUCAGCGUCGCGCCGCCGAGCAGCUUGAUAGAAGUGUAAAUCUCGCCGCAGUAGGUGAGAUCACUAUAAGGAGGAGACGUUGACGCAAAAGGGGACUCCCCGUUGGCCGAAGACCCAAGUGCUUGCAACAAGGAAAGAAGGAAGGAAGGAAGGAGAAGCCCAUAUCGAUUUUCCUUCGCAAAACAAACGGACUUCCGGCUGAGGAUUUUUUUCGUAAGAGUCACACGCGAAAGCCGGAAAUAUAUCCAAAUACAAAUUAAUUCGGAAGCUAACGCGUCUCGCUGCCUUGGAAGUCAGCCGUUGCUCUUUAUAUACAGCAUAAAACAGUCAAAGUAACUCGACGAUUCUAGCUCUCAGGAAUUCCCAGCGGGUGAGCGGAGGGCAAUUUACAAUCCAUUUGCACGAGUGUCGCGUCUCGUUACUUCGAGCCAGAGGACCAGAAGGGUCAGACGGUUCCUGAGGAGAGGCUCAAUUGGUAUCUCGAAGGUCGUAAAGUCAGAGUAUCAAAAGGAAACUGUACCGUACCUUAAUGAGGUAUAAAGUAGAGAAAUAUGUAUAAAUACCCUGUCUGAUAUAAACUGGGAGAAGAUAUUUUGAAAAAAACAAAAUUUAGAACGAGUAUCAAAAGAGGAAGAAGAAGGCUCUCGAAAGUAUGAACCCUCGACGAGAGCAAGCUGUCUCAAUUCUCAGAGCGUAAUCUAGACUUGGAAACUUGAGAAUAUUAUUAAGGACGAAACCCUCCUCCAAGGGACUCGGUUCAAUCGUCCCGCCGUCCAUCAGUUUCGUCCUCCGGGACGUCUCCCAGAGAAAUAAUACGUUCUCGGCCUCCGACCUCGGCCGCGUUUCAAAUCGAUAACGCCCCUAGCUCUCGCUCGCACUCUACGCGACACGUAUUACUCUCAAAAGAUUAGCCGAUCCAUGGAAAGCGACCUCGCGAACCUUAGGGCUAUCCGACUUUUGGACUUGUAGAUAGAUAUUGUCUAUUAACCCUCUCUGACGAUACUCUAUUAUCCCUUAGGCAGAACCUGGACCAGUGGCGGGAAUUUUGAAUCAUCACAAUGCUGACCACUGGACACACGUGCGUUCCUCGUAACAGGGUAACCCUAGAGGAAAAGAGCUUAGACCUCUCGGAUGAGCCAUCACGUAAUCCGAGAGGAUGCCAUGUAUCAAGAGGCAGAGUACCAAAGUGUGGUAUUCGCAGAGACGACUGCACGCGACUUGGUGACAGGGAGGAGACAAGAGGAGAGACUCAUUUUCUGGCGAGAGAAACGCGCGAGAGUGGAAGUGGGUCUGUAUUGAUUACAGACGAACGGAGUAUGAUGUAAAUAAGAAAGCGGACGAGGCAAUAGUAAUAAAUAAAGAGAGGAGAGAAGCGUGAACUAUUGGCUAUUAUUGGAAUUCGACCUCUGGUGCAAUUAGCAGCUGGAGCGAGGACACGUGGAAUCCUCGUAAAUCGAAAAGAUAAUUGAAUAGCAAUACGAAAUUUAAUAAACGAGGACUGUAACUCCUUCACGAGAGUCUUCGCUAAGAUGAGAGACUUCCUAUGGGUUCACUUUAUCUCAAAGCUCAUCCUCCUCCUACUCUUCCUCUCGCUGAAUACCAUCAAUCUGGUCCAGUCGAGAACACCCCAGGAGCGCCAGUCCGUCUUGAUACCUGGUGACAUAGUCCUGGGAGGUCUCUUUCCCGUCCACGAGAAGGGCGACUCAUCGUGUGGACGUAAGAUUUACAACAGAGGAGUACAGCGACUGGAAGCGAUGCUCUUCGCCGUGGAUCAGAUCAACAAGGAAACCAGGAUACUUCCGGGUAUCGUCCUGGGCGUGCAUAUCCUGGACACCUGCAGUAGGGAUACGUAUGCCUUGAACCAGAGUCUGCAUUUCGUGCGAGCGUCCUUGUCGAAUCUGGACAUCAGCGUGUUGGAGUGCGCGGACCGGUCCAGUCCUCGGGUCAAGAAGUCAGCUAGUGCGGGUCCUCUCUUCGGCGUGAUUGGUGGUUCCUAUAGUUCCGUGUCCCUCCAGGUGGCGAACCUUCUGCGACUGUUUCACAUACCCCAGAUAUCGCCGGCAUCCACGGCGAAGGCGCUCAGCGAGAAAACGAGGUUCGACUACUUCGCCAGGACUGUGCCGCCGGAUACGUUCCAAUCCAUCGCCCUGGUCGACGUCGUCAAGAGCGUCAACUGGUCUUACGUGUCCACGGUGUACUCGGAGGGCUCGUACGGGGAGUACGGGAUCGAGGUGUUCACCAGGGAAGCCACCGAGAGACAAGUCUGCAUAGCUGCCGCGGAGAAGGUGCCCAGCGCCGCCGACGACAAGGUCUUCGACGGUAUCAUACAGAAGCUCAGUAAAAAAGCAAAUGCCCGGGCGGUCGUUCUCUUCACCAGAGCAGAGGAUGCCAGGAGGAUCCUGGAGGCAGCGCGUAGGUCAAACUUGAGCCAGACCUUCCAGUGGAUAGCCAGCGACGGCUGGGGAAGACAAAAUAAGUUAGUCGAGGGUCUCGAAGAGGAAGCCGAGGGUGCCAUCACCGUCGAGCUUGAGUCUAAGAAUAUUCCAGGAUUCGAUGAGUACAUGGCCUCUCUCACUCCUAGGAACAAUCGGCGCAACCCUUGGUUCAGCGAGUACUGGGAGGAUGCGUUUUCCUGCAUCCUCAAGAGCGACGUCCCGCUCGUGACCGAUCGCAAGCUCAAUAUAUGUUCGCCAAGUCUACGUCUGACAUCCUCCAGGGGAUACGAACAAGAAUCCAAGGUGCAGUUCGUCGUUGAUGCUGUUUAUGCUUUUGCUCUUGCUCUUGACAAUCUUCAGCGGGACAUGUGCGGUCGGUCCGAAGGACUCUGCUCGUCGAUGAUCAACUACGACAAGGGGGCCUUCUUCAAGAACUACUUACUCAACGUCUCCUUCGAGGAUGCCGCCGGAAGUGAAGUGAAGUUCGACGAGCACGGUGAUGGCCUGGCACGAUAUGAGAUCCUGAACUUCCGGAAGUCAGGUCAGAACGGCACGAAUGGAUAUCACUACAGAGUUGUAGGAAAGUGGUACAACUCUCUGAACAUCCGCACAGAGGAACUGGUAUGGAGCAAAGGUACAGAGAGUAUACCGAUCUCAGCGUGUUCUUUACCGUGUGCACCAGGUAUGAUAAAGAAGCAACAGGGUGACACUUGUUGCUGGGUGUGCGAUCAGUGCGAGGAAUACGAAUAUGUACACGACGAGAAGACAUGCAAGGGCUGUGAUUCAGGAUUCUGGCCGCACGCGGAUAAGAAGGGCUGCUACGCGCUACCGGUUAAGCAUAUGCGAUGGAGCAGUGCAUUUGUAAUAGCACCAGCCAUAAUAUCCUGUCUGGGUAUAGUCGCUACCCUGGCUGUGGCAGGAUUGCUCUUUAAGCAUAGAGACACCCCAGUAGUGAGGGCUUCCGGCAGGGAGCUAACGAUAAUCCUAUUGGCUGGAGUGCUUGUUUGUUACCUAAACACAUUCAUCCUACUGGCAAAGCCAACUACGGUCACGUGCAUCCUCCAGAGAUUUGGGGUAGGCGUGAGCUUCAGCGCCGUCUACGGAGCCGUUCUAACCAAGACAAAUAGGAUAGCAAGGAUCUUCGAUUCAGCAUCGCGAUCCGCCAGGAGGCCGCGUUACAUCAGUCCUACUUCCCAAGUCUGCAUAGCAGCUGCCUUGAUAGCCUUCCAGAUCGUCCUCACCCUGGUGUGGAUGAUCGUCGAACCGCCUGGUACCAGGUUCUCGUACCCGGAUCGCAAGCAGGUCAUCCUCAAGUGCAAUAUCCAGGACAUGAGCUUCCUCUUCUCGCAGCUUUACAACGCAACCCUCAUCCUUGUCUCGACGAUUUACGCUGUGAAGACCAGGAAGAUCCCAGAGAACUUCAACGAAAGCAAGUUCAUCGGCUUCACCAUGUACACCACUUGUAUAAUAUGGCUGGCGUUUGUACCUAUUUACUUUGGUACGGGAAACUCCCACGAGACUCAGAUCACUACGUUGUGCGUGGCUAUUAGUCUGAGCGCAUCAGUCACCCUGGUCUGUCUCUACUCGCCCAAAGUGUAUAUCAUAGUCUUCCAGCCGGACAAGAACAUCCGAGGAAAGGUGACAAUGGGUGGAAGCACUUUCAAGAAGCAGGGCAGCAGUGCCGGAGCGUCUUCGCUUACGAAGUAUACCGGAUGUGAUAUGACCAGUGAAUGCGUACCUCUGCAAAGUGCCAUUACUACGGCCGUUCAGACGUCGGUCGACAUCAGUGAGAUAACCGGAAGUCCAAGCCCAUCGACUAAGAUUGCAACUGAACAAGUGGCACAACUUUAGAGCUUGCCGAGUACGCCUGUGUACUUGGUACAGAUAAAGUGAAAGGGGACAAACAAAAGAUAAUAAAUUGUCAAGGACCUUGACAGUGAAUUAGAAUGAUCUCAGAUUGAAUUACAUAAUUAAUUGAGUUGAUUAAUAGUGACAGUGUGUUCUUAUGCACGAUGCAGUGUAAGGAGUAUAAUUAAAAUAUACAAAAAAGCUAUGAUAUCAUGAUAUAGAAAGUAGCACGAGAUAUGUGAUAAAGUAGCACGCAAGCAGUGUUUAAUAGAGUGUUAUACAACGUUAUGAAAAUCAACAGAGUGACCAAUCAUCGAUCGUCAUUCGUUGACAGUUUACGAUGCCGUUCAUCAUUGUUGUUAUUGUUACUGUAAGUGUCGAAUCUGAAAAAAAAGUAUGUGCAGGACAAGCACGACUUCUAGAAUUCGUCAGGGUACAGUCUCCAUGUGAAAUAUAAGAGUUCGCCUUCGGUUUAUAAAUAAUUGUAGGUGAAUAGGAAUUCACAAAAGAUGCAUUGCCCACUUGAAAGAUCAGUUGGUCGAGAGAGCCGCCUCACUGGAAGUUUUAGAAUAAAAAAAAAAUGUGUGAAAUAAA